GGUGAGUGAGUGGCUGUCAGUCAGAUUGAGAGGUACAGAUGUUUUACCUCGUGUACCUUAUUCUUGGUCAUUGUUGAAUCGUACGACAAUGAUGAUAACCUUAUCAAUGGCACAAUCACCAAAUCCCACUUUUGCCAUCCCUACCACCACAAUUCAAAAUGAAAGAAGUCAAACCAAACAAAAACAAUCCACUUAAUGGUGAUGAUGACGAUAAUGCAUCUAUUCGUACAACGUCAACUUUGGCAACAAUCAGUAGCAGAUUGAGCAAGAAAAGAUGGGGCGGAUUAUCAAAACCAUCAUUCAUGCAAUCUAAUCAAGCCUUGCCAACUUAUGAUGAAUCACAAGAUCAAACCGAAGGACCAAGCUCAAUGCCUGCCAGAGUACGGCCAAACGCAAAGGAAAAAGAUGGAUACCCAGAUGAAGAGGAAGAGUUUGACAGUGUCCCUGACGUCCUCUUCAUCAACGGUCACAAAGUCGAGCCAUUGGUCACACUGAGUCAAGAAGAAGCACAUUUGACCCUAUUGACAGCAUUUCGUGAUAUCCGAACACAGUGCCUUUCCCUUGCCAAGACGAAAGAAGAGCAAGGCCAAAUAUGGAAGACAUAUCUUAAACGGGCAAAUUACCGUUUGUCGACUUACAUCGAAACCGUUCUACCAUCUGCACUACAAAUCUCGGAGCAGGAUCUCAAAGCCCCACCAAGAUCAUUGCUGCACUUGGGUCGCACUGGUGCUAGCAAUCAAGCCAAACGCGCAAUCAUGAACAUUCCCGAAGAUGCUUUGCCACCGCUAGAUGUCAUGAUGUUAUGGCAUGCAUAUAUGCUCAACCCAGGUCGAUACGCAGAAGAUGUUGCUCGGAUAGAUGCAAGACGCAUUUUACACUUUAUUCGCUUCCCUUUUGUUGCAAUCGCCAGUCGUAUCCGAAACAGUCCUCAACAAGGUCCCUUCAUCGAAGAUUCCGAUAGGAUGGCUGCACGAUGGUCAAGGAUGACCGGACAAUCCUUCCAUCUUUCCUACAUGGCUCCGCCUCUUUCAUCUACCGAGACUGAAACCGGCAAACCUCUACCUGAUGAAGGUGUCUUCGUUGAAUGUCCGAUGUGCAAUCGAUUUGACGAAUCUCACCGUCCCGAUGAACAUCAGCGCAACUCCGCAUCAACUUCGGGUUUCACCUUGUCUUGGCAAGAAGCAGGACGCGAUGAUUGGAAGGGAAAAUGUGCUUCAUGUGAUGCAAAACUCAACUCAAAAGUUAUACGUGGAGGUAUUUUGCUCAACGACAUCGAACAAUGGCUCAAAAGUCGCCCUUCACAAAAGAUCAAACCUUUCCAUUUGCGUGGUGGGCUGAUCUCGGCACGUAAUGGGCGUUUGUUCGAGGAUGAUCCGCAUGCACCUAUCCUGUGCCGCAUAUAUCCCUUUAAACGUAACGUUCAACCUGAUCACACGGGUAUGUGGGCUUUGUUAUCGCAUGUGAAGAAAGACGUUUUUCACGAUGAGCGCCUUUACGGAAAAUUGAGAAAUGUACCAAAGAAUGACCUUCAACCGAUUUUGCAUUUUGUGGAAGCAAAAGGUGACAUUGAAAAGUGGUCAACUUUGAUCGACCGUGAUUGUCAGGCGAGAAUCGUGCUUGCAAUGGAAGAAAGGGCAAUUGAUAUGAACAGAAGGAUUAGUCUAGUGACAAAGUAUUAUAUCGAAGGAGAUCCACUUGCUCCGAAUACUAGUAUCGAUCUCGUAAAUGCUGUUCUUCGCCAAUUCAGUUUUAUUGAUGAAAUGGAUCAAAUGGGCUGGCUCGACACAACCUCAUUCAAAGAAGGAAAAGAAGAAAUGGCAUUACCUUCACUAACGCCAGAAGAACGCCGGCCUAAUUUGGCCCGCUCUAUCGUUAGAUAUCAUCGCUGGCUAAACGUAUUGACAGUGAAGAACGAGCUCUUGUGUCCUACUCUGGAUAUCGAUCUGGCUUGGCAUACCCAUCAGUUACUGCCGAGCUACUAUGCUGACUGCUUUGAUACGGUUGGAAUGUUUGUUGACCACGAUGACAAAUUGCCUGCUUCGACACUCUCGACAGCGUUUGAUCGAACAGCUCGUUCGUGGUAUGAACUUUAUGGUCAACCUUAUAGUGCUUGUGGCUGUCCAGCUCACAAUGGAUCAGAUUUUCGACAGUCAUUACGCAAAUUGAAGAUUAAUUUGGGAUCCAGUUCAAAGGAUAACGAUGAAAAAGAAAACGUGUCUGCAGAAGGCCGACAAAAAGGAGCAGGCACUCAUCCUUCCGUUCAUAAUAUUACCGCUCCAGCAAAUACAAACUUGAAGGAUUCACAUGCAUUAUCCAUGAGAGUUCGUCGAAAGCAAGAACAGAAUGAUAUGAAGUCUGGAAAACGGCCAGAGACACACAAAGAUGCAUUUAUUCUCGGUUAUGGUCUUACGCCUUUGGAACCUUUCCGUGCUAUCUCAACCACUGAUUGUCAGAUCGCAGGCAAGUGCGUUACUGGAACAAAUAAUAUAAUGAAGAUGAAUUAUGGAGUUGGACCGGGCAACUGUGUAGGCGUGAGCUCAGUCAUUGCACCGAACAAGAAAGGUCAUUAUGCCGUACCUUCCUCACUUCGAGUGAGAGAUAAUGUGGACACAGGUCACUACAACACUUAUGGUGCAUCUGCUUAUCUGAUUCUUCCACCUUCAGGAAGCGAUCAUCCUAGUCGUGCCAUGUACGCUGGUUCCAAUUUGGGAUUUGGUGGUACUGGAUUUGGCUUCGUUGGAGGUGGUGGAAUGGGUGCCUGUGGCGGAGGCGGAGGAGGAUGUGGUGGUGGAGGUGGCUGCUAA